AUGUCCGCUCUAAAUGGUAGGCUGAGUCCGCGCGAGUCGGCGAAAUACGUUGUUACGAAUUCGAGUGGCCAAAUAAAAGUGUCUGAGGAAGGAGUGCAAAAAGCAGCCAGGCUUAUGCUGGAUGCGAUUCGCAGUGGCGCUUACUCAGAACGUUCAUAUUCCGCGAUUGAUGUCCAUCCACAGAAUGCCGAUCGCUCUGCUGUUGACUGGUAA